AUGUUACGUAACAGUUUGCUGGAACGGCGUGGUGCUCUAAUUGACUGCCAGUCAACCAAAGAUACAUUUAUCUAUGCAUCUUCCUGCCGAGUGGAUGGUUUUGGUGAUAUUAUCAAGAUGAUUGCUGAUGCUGUGCAGCGGCCAGUUAUCAAAGAGGACGAUGUUCAGCAUCCUGCUGCUCUCCGGAAACUUUUCAUCCUCGCCGUUUGUGGAGUGGUCCUAUUUGUGCAAUUUUUCAAAAGUACACCGGGAUCUUUACAGUUGUAA